AACAGGCAGCUAUUCUACUCUGAUUCAAUUCCGAAGGAGAUUGUUAUGAAAGAAAUGCUAUCUGGAAUUCCUUUGUACUCUCUCUCUGAUUCCAGAAGUUAGGGCUAGUAAGGAAAUACGAUGGCGUCAAUCUCUUCUCGUCGUCAAUGGAAAUACGAUGUGUUUCUAAGUUUCAGGGGGGAAGAUACCCGCAUGGGUUUUACCGGUAAUCUGUAUGCUACACUAAAUCAGAAAGGAAUUCUGACCUUUAUGGAUGACGCAGAGCUUGAGAAAGGAAAAUCCAUUAGGCCUGAACUUUUAGCUGCAAUUGAGGACUCUAGAUGUGCGAUCGUCAUUCUCUCACAGAACUAUGCUCGUUCGUCAUGGUGCUUGGAUGAACUCGUCAAGAUUAUUCAAUGCAUGAAAGAGAUGGGCCAACAAGUCCUCCCCGUCUUCUACGGCGUGAAUCCUUCUGAAGUGCGGCACCAAAGGGGAAGGUUUGAGCUCAAAGUAGGGGAACCCCAAGUAGAAGUAAGGGAACAUGAAGAAGUUACAGACUAUAUGCGCGGAGAAUAUGAACCAUCACUAAUUGAGGAAAUUGUUAAUCAUAUACUAAAGAAGUCCGUGUAUACAUCUUCAAGUGUUGACAAGGGCUUCAUAGGAAUGGAUUCCUGCAUUGAUGAUUUAUUACGCAAUUACAUAUGUCCGCACCUUGGUGGGGUGCGUUUUAUAGGGAUCCAUGGCAUGCGGGGCAUAGGUAAGACAACACUUGCUCGAGCUAUCCAUGAUGAAAUUUGUCUGGAUUUUGACCGGAGCUGCUUUCUUUCCAAUGUUAGAGAAAUGUCUAGAAACAAUGGCCUAGUUUCUCUACAAGAAAAACUUCUUUCCAGAAUCCUGAUGACAAAAAUUAAAAAUAUAGAUGAUGAAUAUACAGGAGUUGCUAUGAUAGAAAGGCGGUUGUGUAGAAUAAAGGUGCUUGUUGUUAUUGAUGAUGUGGAUCAGUUGACACAAUUAGAGAAAUUGGCUGGAAGUCGCAACUGGUUUGGUACAGGGAGUAGAAUUAUCAUAACCACCACAGAUAUUCAGUUGUUAAAGGCACAUGAUGUUGAUGCUACGUACAAGGCUAAAGGCUUAAACUGUGGUGAAGCACUUCAACUUUUGAGUUUGAAGGCUUUUAAGAAAUGUCCCCCACCAGAACAUUAUUUGCAUCUUAGCUACCAUAUUUUAGGGUAUGCUCAGGGGCUUCCGUUGGCUCUCGUGGUUUUAGGUUCUUUUCUAUUUGGUAGAAGCACUGAUGAAUGGGCAAGUGCAAUAGAUAGGCUAAAGAACACACCACAUAGACGAAUUAUUGAGGUGCUUCGGAUUAGUUUUGAUGGACUGGAUGAAAAAGACAAAGAAAUAUUCCUACAUAUCGCUUGCUUUUACAAGGGGAAGGAUAAGGAUCGUGUGACACAAAUACUAGACUAUUGCCAGCUAAACCCUGUCAUUGGUUUAAGUGUUCUUGCUGAUAGAUCUCUCAUAACUAUCUCCAACAAUGAACUGUCGAUGCAUGAUUUGCUACAAGAAAUGGGCUGCGAAAUUGUUCGUGAACAGUCUCCUAAAGAGCCAGGCAAGCGUAGUAGAUUAUGGUCUCAUGAAGACAUCAACAAUGUGCUCAAGAGAAAUAAGGGAACAGAUUUAAUCCAAGGCAUGAUAAUGGAGUUGACUAAAUUACAAGUGGCUCAUUGGAAGCCAGAAGCCUUUUCAAAUUUGUCUCAACUUAGUCUUCUUCAUAUUCGUAAUGUGGACCUUCCGGAAGGCCUCACUUGUCUUUCUAAUUCCUUGAGACUCCUCGAAUGGACUGGGUAUCCCUUAAGGUCUCUCCCACAAAAUUUUGAAGCAGAUGAACUUAUUGAACUUAACUUGUGCCACAGCAACAUUGAACAGCUUUGGAAGGGAACAAAGAAUUUUGACAAGUUGAAGUUCAUCAAACUUUGCCAUUCUCAAGGCAUUGUGGAGACCCCAGACCUCGCAGGCGUUCAGAAUCUUGAGACUUUAGAUCUUGAAGGAUGUGAGAACUUGGUAAGAAUCCAUCAAUCCCUUGCAUUUCUCAAAAAGCUUAUUGUCCUGAAUCUUAAAGUCUUGAGAGUCUGCCAAGUAGAAUUAAGUCUUGAGAGUCUGCCAAGUAGAAUUGAAAUGGAAUCUCUUGAAACAUUAAUUCUUUCUAACUGCUCAAAAGUUAAGAAGAUUCCCGAGUUUGUUGGAAAUAUGGAACGUUUGUUGGUGCUUUGUCUUGAUGAGACUGCCAUUGAGGAACUGCCUGUUUCAAUUGAACGGCUGACUGGCCUUGUGACAUUGAAUCUAAGCAACUGCAGAAAUCUUGUUUGUCUUCCAAGCACCAUCAAUAAGUUGAAGUCUGUUGAAAAGUUUAAUCUUUCUGGAUGCUUGAAACUCGGGAAACAUCAGGUAAAUGUUGGGAAGAUGGACUGUUUUGAGGAAACUAAUGUGAAUAGUGGGUCUGCAAUAGAAAUGUCAUCUACCCAUGAUCUCAUAAAAUAUGAGAGAGGUUCAAACUUUCAUGGAUGCGAAGUAGUUUGGGGAUCUUUAAAUGAGUUCUUGCCUUCUGGAUUGGUGCAAAAAGUGAAUUCAGAGCCAAUGAGUUUCCGCCUGCCUAUAUCUGGUCUGUGUAAUUUAACAUAUCUGAACCUGAGUAAUUGCAAUCUUGGUGAAGGAGCAUUUGCCAACGAAUUUGGUUACUUUCCCUCUUUGGUGACCUUGAAUCUAAGUGGAAACAAUUUUGUUCUCCUUCCUUCAGGCAUUGGAUUGCUUUCUAAGCUUGAGAACUUUAACUUGGAGAAUUGCAAGAGACUUCAAGAGUUGUCAGACCUUCCAUCAAAUAGUGGACUAGAUUUAAGGGCAGAUGGUUGUACUUCACUGAAAUACUUGUUUGAUGCAUCAAAUUUGAACACAUUAAACAAAUCAUAUUUUAAUUUCAUCAAUUGCUUCAAUCUAAAUGGCAAUCAAGGAUGCAAUAACAUAGAAUUUGAAAUGCUGAAGACAUUCAUGUAUCAGGGAAUCUCUAAUAAGAGUGAAACUUGUCAAAUUGUAAUUCCUGGAAGUAAUAUUCCUGAGUGGUUCAGCCAUCGGAGUGUUGGGUGUUCCUCAAGUGUUUAUCUUCCUGCACAUUGGAAUAACAGUCGGCUAAUGGGAUUUGCUUUGUGUGCUGUUUUUGUACUCCAUAAGCACCAUCUGGUGGAUAAGCUUCCUAGAGAUGAAUUCAAGACUUUUAAUGCAACACAUCAUCUUGUAUGUUGCUUGAAGCUUGAUGGAAGAAAAUUGGAAGUAUAUGGCAAACAGCCUGCAUUUUGCUUUAGUGAAGAAUUUUGCCAGGUUAAGUCAGAUCACCUGUGGAUGUUCUAUGUAUCUCGUGAUAAAUACUUUGGUACAGAGUGUUGGCAUAACUGUUGCAGUCAGCUUGAGUUCUUAUUUAAAACCAGAGGGCCGAGUCUGAAGGUGAAGGAGUGUGGAGUCCGUCUCAUAUAUAAGCAAGAUGUGCAAGAGUUGAACCAAACAACAAGUCAAUCAAGCAGUAGGGUGUCUCCUUAUGAAGAUAUAUUGAUUUUAGGGGAAACCGGUGGGACUGGUAGCAGAACUUGCACACUUGAAGAAUUGUAGGACUGGCAGAAAUAUAGGGGAUCCACCACUGGCCACUCUGAAAGACCACAAUUAAGGAUUUUCUGAUCCCAUGGCUCGAAAUGAGUUGCAGAUCAUGAAUGGCCAAUGCCUCCUCUUCUCUCAUUUGAAUUUCUGCAGAAAUUACUUUCUGGAGCUCUCAUGCCUUCAUCUUUUACAGUUAGGUUAAAGGUAUUCCAUUUGAUAUAGAUAGCGAGGAUCGAGGCAGUACAGGUGUACAAAGGUUACUUGAACUUUCCUCGAGUAGUGCAAAUUCAUGUGGACUUGAUCAGCUUACUUUCCUCUUUACACUUUCACUAAUGAAACUUGAAGUCAUCAAAAAGGGGGGAAAUAGUUUGAUGUUGGUUUUAACUACAGUUGGCUUAAAGGUGGAAUUAACUGCUAGAAGUUUAUAGAAGUUACCUGCGACAUGGUCCUGUCUGUGCAUAUAUGUUUUGACAUCUUUUGGCUGGACAUAAUUCGGGUAUUGCUUAACAUCUUCCUCACCAGUUUGCAUGAAGUUCUGCUUGGGUGUAAUGUAGUAUUUUGAAGAGAUGUACGUGCUUUUCGUUUUGGUUUUGUUUUGUUCUUUUUUCAAUUAUGUUCUACAUAAUAUUGAAGUAUUCGAGAGAGAUUGUAAAAGAAAAACAAAAUAAAUCUGAUGUUAAAAGAAAUGCUCAGUUU